GCUGAGCGCGCCCGGCCCCGCUCUGCCCAGGUGCCCAACAUGAAGGAGAUCCUGCUGGUGGGCUUCUACCAGCCCAACGAGGCGCUCAGCCGCUUCCUGGUGUCAGCCCAGCAGGAGUUCAAGAUCCCCAUCAGGUACCUCCAGGAGUACGCGGCGCUGGGCACGGGCGGGGGCCUCUAUCACUUCCGCGACCAGAUCCUGUCGGGCGGCCCCGAGGCUUUCUUCGUGCUCAAUGCGGACGUGUGCUCCGAGUUCCCGCUGCCCGAGAUGCUCGCCUUCCAGCAGCAGCGCGGCGGCGCGCCCGCCUUCGUCAUCCUCGGCACCACGGCCAACAGGAAGCAGUCCCUGAACUACGGCUGCAUCGUGGCCAACGCCGACACGCACGAGGUCCUGCACUACGUGGAGAAGCCCAGCACGUUUGUUAGCGAGGUCAUUAACUGCGGCAUCUACCUGUUCACGCCUGCCAUCUUCCAGCACAUUGGAGAGGUCUUCCAGAGGAACCAGCAGGAGCUGCUGCUCGAGGAGACGUCCAAUGGGUAUCAGCGCGCCGAGAUGAUCCGGCUGGAGCAGGAUGUUUUCACCGCGCUAGCCGGGCGCUGCGCUCUCUACGUCUACAAGACUGACGGCUUCUGGAGCCAGAUCAAGUCGGCCGGGUGGUACAGCCAGCGCCACCCUGAGAGGCUGGCCCGCAACCAGCUGGGGGGGCCCACCAUCCGAGGGGACGUGUACGUCCACCCCACAGCCGCCGUGGACAGCAGCGCCGUGGUGAGUGUGGGUGCCCCUGCUGGUGCCCCUCACUUCGGACCCACAGCCCCCUGCCCCUCUCCUGGUGCGGUUCGUUGGAGCAGUGGGUUCCCCCAUCCCAUGCUGCGCUCUCCCCAGGAUCACACGUGCGUGCUCAACAGCAUUGUGGGCUGGGACAGCACCAUCGGGCGCUGGGCCCGGGUCGAAGGGACGCCCAGCGACCCCAACCCCAACGACCCCUACGCCAAGAUGGACAGCGAGACCCUCUUCCGGGACGGCCGCCUCACACCCUCCAUCACCAUCCUGGGCUGCAAUGUCACCAUCCCCGCCGAGGUUGUGAUCCUCAACUCCAUCGUCCUGCCCCACAAGGAGCUGAGCCGCAGCUACAAGAACCAGAUCAUCCUGUGAGAGGCGGCUGCAGCUGGAGGACCUGGCCCAGGCCCUGCCGCCCUGCCCUGGCACCUGCUGCGUUAGAGAUGGGCAUUAAAGCUGCAUCUGCACCUG